CUGGUGAUGAUCACUAUGAAGGAGUCCUUGUAUCGGAGUGUCGGGAUCCUCGCUGUCAGUGCCGGAAGUUUACUUUUGGCUUCACAGCACUACAGCUCAGCCGCAGCUUCGCCCGCCAUCCCUGCGUCCGCCCUGGGCGCCCUGCUCCUCAUCCUCGCCGCCAUCUUGGCCUAUGCAGGGGUGCGGAAGUUGGGCGGGAACGCUCCGCUGUGGGUCUCCUUCUAUUGGACGGUGUCGGCCAUGUGGUGCUCCUCCGGGGUGAACCUUCUCCUGGAAGGGAAUGACGUCCUCUCUGCCCCCCACAUGAAGGACGCCAUGGUCCCCGGCCUCUUGGCGUUCCUCGUAGCGCUGCUCAUCAUCGGUGUGGUGGGGAUCCUCCAGCAGGAGGCGCUCUUGGCUUUGAUGGCGGGCGCACUUUCUCUGUCCGCCAUUCACGAGGUGGUGACUUUCUAUGACAAGGGGGUCGGUUCUUCCGCUAUUGCAUGCAAUUAUCUGAUUGUUUCCCUGAUUGGUCUAUACUUUCUAGGUGGGCGGUUCCUGUAUAGUACAAGGCAGGUGAGCUUACCUGGUAUGAAGGAGGCGGGCCCUGCCCCGGGGUCCCCCAUCGCGCCCCUUACGGCCGUGUCUUUCAUCCUCAAUAUGGCGGCCUCCAGUGUCUUUGCCUGUAGACUGCUGGGGAUUAUUGAUCAGCUGUUUGUUGGUCAGGUGGCAUGGCUUUGGAUGGCGGCGGUCUAUCAGACGGGUAUCUGCGUUCUGUCGUACCGCUCCUAUUGUGCGCUGGACGCCAUGCAUUUCGCAUUCUUCUCCAUUCUGAGAUAUACAGAAGGGUUCUCGUUGUUGUAUCAGAUCCUGACCCCGGGGGAGGGGUUCAGCUUCCCUUUGCCCUUUCUGGUGGUCUUCGCCAUUCUCUUUGGUGUCCUCGCCCUCUUCACGUGUCUUCAGAGUCUCGCCCAGUCCGUCUAUCUACUUUUCUAUGUUGCCUAUUGCAUUGCCCUGGCCUGUAGCCCACUUGGAUUCUUCCAUGGAGGAGCCCAAGGGGUCAAUGUCGCCAUAUACGUGGUAUCGGCCGUUAUGUUGCUGAUCUACUUAUUCAAUUCAAAGUCCUCGGCAAAGAUCCCCACCGGAGACGGCGCCGCCCAGAGGCUCUUCACAAGCAAUACAAGUGUGAGGCUUCGUCAGUAUAAAGACCAGCCCUUCCUGGGGCAUUCCAAGUAUGGCGACGCCGAAGCCUUGGCCUACGCCUCCAGCAUAUUGGCUGUUUUUGCCAUGACAGUGCCGGGCAAUGCCGAGGACCCCUUGGUCACGGUGGUCUUGCCAUGGGUCGUAGCUGCGGGUGGGAUUUAUAAUCUGAUUUGUGGCGCGGUGGCUUUUUCCCGCGGUAAGACGCUGGAAAGCAGCGCCUUCAUCCUCUAUGGGGUCAUGUGGGUUAUUUGGGGUAUCGCCAGGUAUAGCGGCAUCUACAUCACCAGCAGAGGCUUCAACACAUCCGUGGGCAUCGUAUGCUUCCUUCUCUUCAACACUUUCAUCAUUUUCAGCUCCUUCUUCCUGUCUAAAGCCUGGCUGCUCUAUUCCCUCGCCUUCCAACUCAUCCUCAUCAGCUUCCUCCUCCAUUCCAUCAAUCUUCUCCCGGUGGGCUAUGACAUCACAGUCACCAUUCUCUUCGGUCUUGUUGGUUUCUACUGCUUUAUCGCAACUCUCUUUAACAGCGCCAUGGAGGCUCCCCAGAUGCCAGUUGGCAGCCCAUUUAUUAAGAUUGGCGGCUUUUCCAACGACGGAUCAAAGUGCCCCCACCUGAGCGCCUCCAGGACCAGCUCUGUCAGACAAAUCGCAGAAAUCAUGAAAAAUGGAGGAAUUUGUGGCGUUCCAACGGACACGGUCUACGUCCUGGUAGCAGCGUGCAAUCAGCCUGAAGCAGUAGAGCGAGCGUACAAGACGAAACGCCAGGCUCAGGACCGGCCCAUGUCUCUAUGGAUUUCCAGCUUACGGCAGUUAGAAGCAGCCAAGCAUUUGUUCAGUCCUUUGUUAUGGGACUUCAUGGAGGCGGCUUGGCCCUCAUCCAUCAGCCUGGUGAUCCCAAGAGGACCGUGGUUGGAUGUCUUGGGUGCUAAGGACUCUUCAAAGUACAUCGGAACCCCCCAGAGCAUCGCCAUACGAAUCCCGGACUGUACGGUGACCACCCACCUCAUCGACAUGGUGGGCCCAAUCGCAGUGACUUCAGCUAAUCCAUCAGGAGAGGCGGAUACUACACACCACAACCAAGUCUACGCCAAGCUAGGAGAUAAGGUUGAUGGAGUCUUGUGUGAUGGAGCGUCCCCGGAAAAUAUCGCCUCCACCGUUGUGAAUUGCACCAAACUGGAAUCUGGGGACGUUGCGUUCUUCAGAGUCGGGAUCGUCCCCAAGUCACAGGUUUUGGAGAUCUUGGGCCGCGUCCAGGAGAAGCACCGGCGGGGUCACAUCAAUGGCGGCUUCAGUCCUUCUAUAGAAGAUCUCACAGGACAGUCAAUGGAACCCAAUGGGCAGCCUGGAGAGAAAACAAAGCGUCAAGAUGGCGGCCGGCGGUCACAUGUCAAUGGCGGCUUUACGAUGGAUAAAGAAUGAAGAAUUAUUCGUAUUUUUUAUAAUAAAGUGAAUUCUAUGGCUGGAUUGUUCUGUAAAUAUACAAUGUAUAUAUAUUUAUUUAUGGCAUUUCGUUUUCAGAUUAAUAAAUUAUUUUCAUUUCUUAA